CAGAGAUUUUCUACACUCCAGUCCAUUAGGUGGCGGAAAAACACGAUUCUAUUCAUUUUCCAACGCCUUACCCCAUAAGAAGAAGAUAACGCUGUUUGUUGUCGAGUGAUUGUCAAAGCAAAGCUAUUUAAUCCUGAAUCAUAUAAUGUUCUGACGGUGAUCGACAUGGCCGAGGAAGAGUUCACAGACAUAAACGGCAACUUGAUCUCUUUAGACUGCCAAACUCACUCGGCUUUCUGCAGAGAGUUCACAGUCACCUCACCGAAGCUGUCCUUGCGCAAGGUGAUGGUCUACACCUGCUUCAUAUGGUUAUUUGCUUAUGCUGUAUUUUUCUUCACUGAGAACACGGCUGUCCUGUCGAGUGCCAUUAUCCUCACUUUGGUUGGGAUGAUGAUUCAUAUUCACUUCGUGAAGGUGGACCAUGAGACCCUUCUCAUAAUCGGUUCCCUCGGUGUCCAGCUGUCUUCAUCUUAUGCGUCUGGGCGAGAAAGCACGAUCUUCAUUGAGAUGAGCAAACUGAAAGACAUUGUCAUCAACGAGGCAGUUUAUAUGCACAGCAUUAUAUACUAUCUGUGCAUUCUGAUCAAGGACCCAGCUGAUCCUGAAACAGUGGCCAGUGUUGUCCCUCUUUUCCAGAGUUCAAAGCCUCGGCUGAAUUGUUUGGUUCAAGUGUACAGGAGCUGUCAAGAGAUUUUAGCACAGACCAGUUGAGACCGAGGUAAUGAGUCUUUCUUCGAAACCGGAAAGAACCAGAAGUGAAUUGUUGGUCAUUGUCAUCUACACUACAUUUUUCUGUUACAUGUAAUGGUUUGUUAGAUUUUGCAUCCACAAACUUACUGGGUACAGUUCACCUCAUUUAAAACAUAAUUUUAUGAUCAGACAUUUCAUAUGUUAGUGCUUUUAUUAUUAUUAUUUUAUUAUUUUUCAUAUACUCCUAAUUUUGAUAUUUAAAUUUUUUGUAGUAAGUGUUUGAAAUGUUUUCUAUAUUAAUAUUGCAAUGAAUAUAGCUGGUUUUUCCUUCUGAUUCUGACCUUAAUUAGCCACUAGAGGGACAUGUGUGCCAAAUUUUGUGAUCUGGAGCAAUGAUUUUAGUGAUCUACUAUUUUAAUAGGUUAACCAUAUGACAUUUUAAUUUAAUAA